AUGGAUAAAUUUUUGAUGUCACAGUCUAAAGAACGAGAAGGAAAUAGUGGCUCUCAUACAGAGCCAAAGGUAGAAACUACUGCGAGUGCUAGUGGCAAUGAAUCAGAUAAUGAUACAGCUUCUACUUCUACUACAGGUAUACCUAGAAAAAGGAGAAAAAUAUCUAUCGUGUGGAAAUAUUUUAAAAAAUCAGCUGAUAAAAGAUUUGCCAAAUGUUUGUCCUGUGAAGGUGUUACCAAAUUAAAAGAAAUAAUAAAAAAUAUUAAUUUCUUCGCAAUAACGACAGACUGUUGGACCUCUAUUUCAACGGAAUCCUAUAUUUCUGUAACGUGCCACUUCAUAGACCAAAACUACGAUCUUAAAACUGCAAUUUUAGCUGUUAAACAAAUGACUUCAAAUCAUACCAGUCAAAAUAUGGCAGAUGCUUUAGUUGAAGUGUUUCAAGACUAG